AUGGCCAUGAGGAGGCUUCUCUCAACGCCGGCUGUGUCUCGCCUGGCGAGAAACCAAUCGAGGACAUUCUCUUCCACGCCAGUAGCUGCCAAAAUAUUUGCGAACCGACCUCUGCGAGCCAAAGAGGCCUCACCUUUCCUCAGCACCAAAUACCCAGUGAUCGACCACGAGUACGAUGCCGUCGUUGUCGGUGCCGGUGGCUCCGGUCUGCGAGCAGCCUUCGGUCUCGCUGAGGCAGGCUUCAACACCGCCUGUAUAUCCAAGCUCUUCCCAACGAGAAGUCACACUGUCGCCGCACAAGGUGGUAUCAACGCAGCCUUAGGAAACAUGCACGAGGACGACUGGAGGUGGCACAUGUACGACACCGUCAAGGGUUCAGAUUGGCUCGGAGACCAGGACGCUAUUCACUACAUGACACGAGAGGCACCAGCUUCCAUUAUCGAACUCGAAAACUACGGCUGCCCUUUCUCGCGAACCGAGGAUGGAAAGAUUUACCAACGUGCCUUUGGUGGCCAGUCUCAGAAGUACGGCAAGGGUGGACAGGCGUACCGGUGCUGUGCUGCCGCUGAUCGAACCGGCCACGCUCUGCUGCACACUCUGUACGGCCAGUCUUUGCGACACAACACCAACUACUUCAUCGAAUACUUUGUCGUCGACCUGAUCAUGGAGGAUGGUGAGUGCCGAGGUGUCCUGGCCUACAACCAGGAGGACGGCACUCUGCACCGAUUCCUCGCAAACAACACGGUUCUGGCAACUGGUGGUUACGGACGAGCAUACUUCAGCUGCACUUCCGCGCACACGUGUACCGGUGACGGUAUGGCCAUGGUCGCUCGUGCCGGUCUGCCAAACCAAGAUCUCGAAUUCGUACAAUUCCACCCGACCGGUAUCUACGGUGCUGGUUGCCUGAUCACUGAGGGUGCUCGUGGUGAGGGUGGCUACUUGCUGAACGGUCAGGGCGAGCGUUUCAUGGAGCGUUAUGCGCCUACCGCCAAGGAUCUUGCCUCUCGCGACGUUGUCUCCCGAUCCAUGACCAUGGAAAUUCGCGACGGUCGAGGUGUCGGUCCUGACAAGGACCACAUCUACCUCCAGCUUAGCCACCUGCCCCCAGAGGUCCUCCAUGAGCGUCUGCCCGGUAUCUCCGAGACAGCCAGCAUUUUCUCCGGCGUCGACGUCACGAAGCAACCAAUUCCUGUGCUGCCUACUGUCCACUACAACAUGGGCGGUAUCCCGACUCGCUACACUGGAGAAGUGCUCACUGUCGAUGAGAGUGGCAACGACAAGGUUGUCCCCGGUCUGUUCGCCUGCGGUGAAGCUGCUUGUGUGUCCGUCCACGGUGCCAAUCGCUUGGGAGCCAAUUCUCUUCUGGAUCUGGUUGUCUUCGGUCGUGCUGUCUCGCACACUAUCCGCGAUAACUUCACGCCUGGCACUAAGCAUAAGCCUCUCAGCGCUGAUGCUGGUGCCGAGUCGAUCGAGACGCUCGACCAGGUUAGGACAUCGGAUGGACCAAAGAGCACGGCUGAGAUUCGUCUAGCCAUGCAGAAGACCAUGCAAACAGACGUCAGUGUCUUCAGGACACAGGAAUCGUUGGAUGAAGGUGUUGCCAAGAUCACUGAGGUUGACGGGAUGUUCAAGGAUGUUGGCAUCAAGGACCGCAGCAUGAUCUGGAACUCGGACCUUGUGGAGACUCUGGAGCUGAGGAACCUUCUGACUUGCGCAACUCAAACCGCUACCUCUGCGGCCAACCGAAAGGAAUCUCGUGGUGCUCACGCCCGUGAGGACUACCCCGACCGUGAUGAUGUCAACUGGAUGAAGCACACCCUGUCUUUCCAGAAGCAGCCCCACGGCAAGGUCGAUCUGUCAUACCGAAAGGUCAUUGGCCACACGCUUGACGAGGCCGAGUGCAAGGCUGUUCCGCCAUUCAAGCAAGUGAUGCUCUACUGUGUACAGACGUCCUCCCACAACCGCGCCCUCGUUAGGAACUCGCACAGCGCACACGCCGAUAUUGUUUUCGCAGUGAGUCCUUCAACGCGAAAACUAGUCAAUGGCUUCGGCGUCGAAACGUAG